CUUGACCUAAUUUUUGACAUUAGAAGUCAAAAAAGUAUUCCCAGAAUUAAUUUUGUGCAAUCUCUUCCGUGUGGGAUCUGCAGCUGCAAACAGACGAGCCAAACUACAUAAAACAACUAAAGCAGCUGAGAUGGGGCCACUUGAAGCAUAUCCAGAGGGAAGUCCGUCGCUUGGAAGAUCUCGAAAGAUUUAUUGAUUCGUGUUCCAUCACUACCAUACCAGAAUUGUAAGAAGUAAAUUAAAUAAAACUCUGUGGAAGUACAA